AUGAAUACUUCAUCUCUUCUUGCACUUGUCAUAAUCCAUCUGUUCGUUCAAAACGGUUCAUGCGCAUACUUUCCGCCAAUCGAUGCAACGUGGCAAAAACAAGCAGAGACAGUAGUUGGAUCAGACAAGAUUGGUUCUCCCCAAGGAAUAUUUAUCGAUCGUGACAAUACAUUAUACAUUGCCGAUGUUUAUAAUUAUCGAAUAGUCAAACUGGAAUAUGGAUCAACAAAUGUAUCAGUAGUGUUAGAUGGACUUGAUUAUCCAACAGAUUUAGUUAUUGAUAAGAAAGGUACAAUGUUCGUAGCAGAAAAAGAAAGUCUUACUCGCUGGCCCAAAGGUUUUCAUAAUCGUACCAUUCUCGCUCGAGCUGAAUGGCUACUGAGUGUUGCAAUAGAUCCAAGACAAGAGCAUCUAUAUAUAACAGACUACUUUUCUAAUUAUGUAAAGAAAUAUAUUGCAAAUGGAGAAGCAGAGCAAAAUGGAACAGUAGUAGUUCCUAACGCAAUUAGUCCUUGGAGUGUUGCAAUAAAUGGAAUCGAUACAGUUUUUGCAGCAUCGUAUUAUGGUAGCGUUCGUGAAUGGAAAAGAAAUGAAUCAGGUGAAGGAAAAGUUGUAAUUGAUCAACUAGGCGAACCUCGCGGCAUUUCACUUGAUUGUUUUGGAACUCUUUACAUUGCAAACUGUGGUGGUAAUAGUGUUGUACGUGUACUGGCAGGAAGCAAAACUGCCACUGUCAUAGCUGCAGGCAAUGGUAUUGGAGAUGCACCAGACCAAUUGUAUAAUCCUGCUGAUGCAGCUUUCGACAGCUACGGUAAUUUGUAUGUGUCUGAUUAUGGAAAUGGACGAGUACAAAGAUUUAGAAUCAAUCAAAAAACACUCUCCCAAUAA